CAGGAUAGUUUGAUCGCUCGCGGCUGCCGUCUCCCUUUCCCCGUCGCUGUGCGCACAGUCGCAGAUUGAUGACGUUUCCAUUAUGGCGCCCAGCUCGAGGAACAGGGAUGGCAGCUCCUUUACGAAGAAAGUUCUUCCCGGCCCGGGUUCCAGAGGCCGGCAGAGGUCACAACAAAAGCAGCGGUGGAAAACGAAUCACCCCAAGAAAGGUUGGGGCAGUGUUAGAGAAGGGCAAGGCUUUGCUUUCCAACAGAAGGAGAAGAUCAAACAUGAGUAUAAGAAAAUAUUGAGAAAAGAAAGGAAAGUACAGCAUUCUAAAGAAAUACAGUUUACUGAGAAUUACCCAGAUCAUUUGCGACACCUGUACCUGGCUGAAGAAGAGCUGCUUAAGAAACAAUCAGAGAAAGCCAAAAAGAAUGAAACUGCCACAAUGGAUCAACCAACUUUACAAACAGAGGAGAAAAAAAAGAAAAAGAGUAAGUCAUCAUAUCAAAAGAUCAAAGAAGAAUUUGAAAAACGGCAGGCGGAAAAAUUAAAACAGAAAGAGGCAGCUGAGAAACGUCAACAAGAAAAGGAAGAGGCGCAGAGAAAAUACAAGGAAGAUAAAUUAGAGAAGUACAGAAUACUUAGCAAAAAAACAAGAAAAGGACAGCCAAACCUAAACCUACAGAUGGAAUACCUGCUUAAAAAAAUACAAGAGAAUCGGGGUACAAAAUAAAAUCACACACUUUUGACCUCAACAGUGGCAUUAUUUUGAUCUCUUGCAUCUCUGAUUUUGUUGGCACCUAAAAAUUUUCCUUUAAUUGGCAUUGUUCCUACUGGAGUUGGUCGAAUCGAAAGAGGGUACAGGUCAAACAAAACAAAACUACAACUGGAAAAAUUACAACAGUUGAAAAUGCUGGAGAAACUGAAAAGGUCAGACCUGCUGAGUUUCUCCAACGCUUUCUGUUUUUGUUUCAGAUUUCCAGCAUCUGCAGCUCUUUUAUUUAACUUGAAAUAUACCUUAUUUAUUUUUAGUUUUGAAAUACAAUUUGUUCUACUCAUCAAAAUAACUUGCUGGACCUAUGAAAUGUACUGGAUAUGUUUUAUGUUUCAAUAUUUUGAAGUAUUUGAUUUAAAUAUUUAUCCUAAGAUCCAGGAUUUUCUGCCACUUUGCUCAAGGACUAUUUUUCCUAUGGAAAGUAUUUAUUUUGUUAUAAGGAGCAACCCAUGGGUGUUGGGCAACUUUACUUUGUUAUUUAAUAUUAAAAGUGUUUGAUAUGCAUUGCAAGUGCCAAUCUUAUACUUGUGAAGUUGAAUGAAGUCUUGAGUUGGAGAAAGUAACACCCUAUCCUGUAUUUAUAAAACAAUGUUGGAAUGGUGUAAAAUCAACUUUAACAAAGCUCGAUACAAAAAAACCUAAAAGUAAGAUAUGGACCCAAACUGAAAAGAACUUUCAGUCGUGCAUUGGUCUGAAUUUUUCAAUCCAUUCAGAUUGCACUUCGAACUGACCUAUAGUGAGUUUUUUUUCUUGAGGAGAAGGACCCCUCAGAACUAAUUAAAACUAUGCAUUUAUUUUACAUAAGAUCCUAAAAACAGCUUUCCAUUCCAUCCAUCUGGACUAUAUUUUAGUUAUUUGAGUUGAAAGGGAAAUGCACCAUGUGAAACCUUAGGAUAUCACUUUGUACUUGUUUUUCUUUAACAUGAAAAGACACCCCCCCACCCCCCACCCCCCAAACCCGACAACUUUUUACGCAGACUCAGAUUUUUAUCCUCUUAAAACCCACAAUACUAUUUUUCUGAAUAAUACAGUGCAAGAGAUGAUGCAAAAUGAAGUUUCAAAUAUUUAAAAUGUGCAAUAGUGUCUAUGCUUAAGCCUGGAGGUUGCACUUAUUAAGAAUUGCAGGCAUUAUUUGAUUUGUAAUAUUUUACCUGUUAAUAUAAAUAAGAUUGUACUGGGAUUCUCAUUUUCUAUGCAGUAACAGUGAAACAUUUUCAGUAAGUUUUUCUUUAUGAUACAAAAUAUCAUACAUUCGGAAAAACCAAAUUCAUUAGAGCCCCUGUCUGAUAUUUUAAUUUCUUAUAUCGAGCAUUUUUAUUCUUUUGAGAGAGAAUACUGGUUACUGCCAGUUUUGUGCUUUGAGUUUGCAUUCACUGAGAAAAGGAUGUAAACUUCCAAAAUUAACUUGUUUGUACAAGAGCUAGUCCAAACGAAUGUAAACUUUCAAAGAUUUAAGCAGAUACUACCCUCAGUUUUCCAGUUGCCAAAUCAAUAGUGUGCGUUGCUGGCAGUUCUCGCAGAGGAGGCUUUAUUUUAAAAAAUAAAGACUUGAGGUAUAUCUUAAAAUGCCUAAAUCAUUGAGUCCUUUAAAUCUUUAGUCUCAAGCAUAAUAUAAACAAAAUUAGUAUUUUGUUUUUAGUUCUGUAGUUUUACUUUAGUUUAUUAUUUUUGUUACGUAUAUUUAGCUUUACCAAAUGAUUAAAGGCAAUUAUGGAUUUAAUAUAGUUUUAUGAAAGUCUAAAGUUUUAACACUUAGUCAGCAAAGAUGUUGGAACCUAUACAAUGAGACAGACUGUAUCCUGUUUCUUAAGCCAAAUGGAAAGCACGGAAUCUUAAAAUUGACUUUAAAAUGAUGACCUAGAUCUUAUGCUCAGGAUUGGAAGCACUAUUUCCACCCUAAUCUAACAAAAAAGGAUGCCCUCCUAUUGGAUUAUCUUCCAGUGGUGGGAAUCUUCAGAAUUGACUCAGGGCCACAGAUCUGAGAGGUAGCAAUGCUGAAGCCAUGCACCCUUUUUAUGCAGUAGCUGCCGGAUUGCUGUAAAUGAAGUUUAGUUGUCCCAAAGUUUUUUUGCAAAGCUAUUGAAGAAGUUAUAGGGUUAGGGUAGGUGCCAGGAGGUUAAGGGGAUGUAAAGACUUGUGGACUCAGGUCAGGGAGAUGAGUUGGUGGAGGUCAGUCAUAGUGAUUGGGGGCCAUUUGUGCAGUUACCUAGGCAUUAAGCUAUGUUUUCUCCCUGUCCACCAUUUUGUGGUUAACUAUUCAUGUAAGUCAGAAUUAUCAAAAUUUUCAAUUCUAACUUAGAGGGUGAGACUUUUUCAGAGAGUACGAGAGAGCAGAGUAAUUGCCCAUCGGAAGCUCAAACUCCCCAGACAACUCCCACUCUAUGUUGAGAUUUCUAAGGGGUCCCUGUAGCUCAACUUCCAGGGUACAUCCCAUCUCCAAUCGUUUGUAGAGUGAACAAUGUGAUAUAAAUCUUUGAAAUUAAAAUAAAAUACAGAAAACUGGAAA